AUGUCAGGGAACUAUGAUUACCCCUUUUCCUCCCGCAUGCCUACUCCCCGUCGACCAGAUCUCCUUCGUCUUCAGAAUCUCCGCAACCUGGUCGCCGAACGGAACCGUGCCGGGGCUUCCACCUCCUACCACGCUACCCGUGCCCUGGAAACAUUAAAUCAGGAGAUUGUGGAUCAUCACCUGGACCGAACUCGCGAUCGUUCCAACCUCGAGCAAGCCCACUUUGAACAAGCCCGCGCCGCGGUAGAUCGUCAGAUACAACAACUCCAGUCUGAGUUAGCGAGCCCCGCAGAGCGGAUCCAGCACAUUCGGCACAACCAGCUUCGCUCCGAACGCCCUCCCAGCCGGUUCUCUCCGGAGUCUCAUUCUCGCCGCCGCAGUGUGCCUUGGCCUACGUUAGCUCCAAACCCGGGCGCAUCCCGCUCGCCGUCCCUUAUGCCGCCAUCCGGCCAGUCGGGUCACGAUGACCAAGGACGUCAGAAGCGGAGGAAGCUGGACACAGAUGAUGAGCGUAUCCCCUUCGACACAGAUGAUGGGUGUACCCCCUUCAAAGGGUUCAACUAUGGACUAUAUGGACAAGUCUUGCCGGGAGAAUUGAAGAUGUCGCUCCUCACCUGCGACGGAGGAGAGCUCGAUCCGGAUGGGGUGAGCUCCCUACCGGAGAAUAUUUUGAACAAUGACCAGAGUAUCUACUCCACCAAAGAGGACCGCUGUAAUCUGAUACUGUGCCACAAGAAUGAAACACCAUUCUGUUUAAAAAAGAUUGUUAUCAGAGCUCCCUCCCAUUGCCGCUUCGAUGCUCCAAUCCAAGAAGGGAUGGUUUUCGUCGCCAUGUCUACUGAUGAUCCAUUCACUCAAACCGCCGAAAGCCACAUGCAAUAUUCAUCUCAAUGGCGUCGUCGACCCCGUCGCAGUGGCCUGCCUCCUUCCGAGGAAUACCUGAGCGGGUUCCGACCGCCCCUUCAAAAUAUCGAGCGCACUGUCCUCACGGGCCCAAAUUCGCACUAUCCUCUGGAUAUUUUGGAGGACCCUCGGGCCCAGUUCCGUAUCACCACCGAGUACCACGAGAACAAAGAGGACAAUGCGUACUCCGACAACGAGGAGGAAGCGCCCCUAGAAUUCAGCACACAGGAGGAACCCGCCGAACGGUACACAUCAGAUACCACAGAUACACCUAGCGACGAGGAUGAUAUGCACUACCUUCGCCGUCGAGUCAUCCAGAAUCAACACCGUGCUGCCGUAAAUCGACACUCCGAAAAUCGAUCUCGCCGUGAGCCGAGUCUGAGCCAUUCCAAUUCAGAUGAUUCCACGCCGCCUCCCGCCGAUGUCCUGAAACCGCUUGCGCGCUUCUUCCUGGAACGCGAGAGAAACAUAGUCACGAUCAAAUUCGAUCCGCCUCCAUCCGGUCGCUAUAUCCUGAUCAAGCUAUGGAGUCCGCACCCUCACGAGGGAAACGUAAACAUUGAAAGCAUCAUUGCGCAUGGAUAUGCGGGCCCGCGGUUCUUCCCCAGCAUCACGGCUCGUUAG